UUUCCUGACAUCUGAAAUCUUGGAAAACAAACCAAGAAUUGCCCAAAUUUUCUGUUACGACAAACUUAACCACCCGUUUUAGCGAGCAGAGUAGAAACAACCAACUUUCUUAUAGGAUUAUCAUAUCUAUCUAUUUCUCUCUCUCUCUCUCUCUAUAUAUAUAUAUAUAUGUUUGGGUUCGCAUGAUUCAGCUGUUCAAUUCUUGAGGGGAAUGACUCAGAUGGUAGCUGAGGGUGUCGACGACGGCUCCGGCGGGCGGACGGUGGUGGUGGGUGUGAAGCUCGACUCGCACAGCAGAGAAUUGCUGACGUGGGCUCUAGUGAAAGUUGCUCAGAGUGGUGAUCGUGUCGUCGCGCUUCAUGUUCUUGACAGCAAUGUAAUUGUGGAUCCUGAUGGAAAAUCAUCUCUGCUCUCUCUGGUUAAAGCUUUUGACUCAAUUCUUGAAGUUUACGAAGGCUUCUGUAAUCUGAAACAGGUAGAUCUCAAACUAAAGAUCUGCAGAGGUUCAUCAGUCCCUAAAAUUCUUGUCCGCGAGGCCAAAUCUUACUACGCAAGUGAGGUCAUUGUAGGAACUGCACAAACUCAUCACGCCAUUCGUUCAUCGGCCUCUGUUGCCAAAUACUGCGCGAAGAAGUUGUCGAGGGAUUGCUCUGUGUUAGCUGUUAACAAUGGGAAGAUUAUUUUUCAUAGAAAAUCAAAUUCGUCUUCGCACGUUAGUACCAAAGAGAUUGAGCAUCAUCGACGAAAUGGAUUACUCAAUGCCCUUCAGAGAUCACUCAGCAAGAACAUUAAAGAUGGCCAGGUGAAGCCAAUGUGGGCAUGGGACGAAAGUUCUUGUCAAAAAUCAUCAUGUUUUUCCAAUGCAAGUCCAGAAUCAUCGGGGCGUAGUAAUCUUGAAAGGAAUUGCUCAAUCUGUUCACCCCAAUCAGUGCCUCAAUUCAACAGAGCUUCUAUAUCGACUAAUGAGAGACAUUCAAGCAGCGACGAAGAAGACAAGUCAAUGGCUAUGGUACCAGUACAGAAGCUAGAGGCUGCAUCCAGUUCAGUCACGCUGCUGUUAAAAGAAAUACCUGAACUCAAACCUGGUUGGCCACUUCUUCGUCGAGCCAUUGUGUCUAACAGUUCACAAGUGAGGCAGGUGUCCGUUGUUCAAUGGGCUAUGCGACUGCCCAGUCGAUACUGUGUGUCAAUUGAGAAUUCAGCGAGGAAUGACGAGAAUGAGUCGUGUGAGCUAAAUGGAGAAAGAGGUGCCAUUGUUGCUGUUGAUCGUGAGAGCUCAUCGAUUCCCCUGUCUCCCGACUGCAUCUCAAGAUCCUUGCCGAAGGAACUCGAGGGUCUUCACAAUAAGUACUCGGCGACGUGCAGACUGUUUGAAUUCCAGGAACUCAGAUCAGCAACAUCUGAUUUCAUGCCAGGGAAUAUGAUCGGGAAAGGAGGCAGCAGUAAGGUUUACAGAGGUUGCCUUCCUGAUGGAAAAGAAAUUGCAGUGAAGAUCUUAAAGCCAUCGGAGGAUGCUCUGAAGGAGUUCCUCUGCGAGAUUGACAUAGUCACUAAUCUAAAUCACAAAAACAUCAUCUACCUCUUUGGAUUCUGUUUCGAGGACAACAAUCUUCUCCUGGUGUAUGAUUUUGUAUCGAGAGGAAGCCUUGAAGAAAAUCUUCACGGUAAUAAAAAGGAGCCACUGGAAUUUGGGUGGAGUGAGAGAUAUAAGGUUGCUAUUGGCGUAGCCGAGGCUUUGGAUUAUCUUCAUCGAAGAGAAAGCCAGUCUGUAAUUCAUAGAGACGUUAAGUCAUCAAACAUACUCCUGUCCGAUGACUUCGAACCACAGCUUUCCGACUUUGGUCUUGCUAAAUGGGCAUCUGCAACUUCUACUCACAUGACCUGUAGCGACGUUGCUGGGACUUUUGGGUACUUGGCUCCUGAAUAUUUCAUGUAUGGAAAAGUGAAUGAGAAGAUCGACAUUUACGCCUAUGGGGUUGUUCUUCUUGAGCUUCUCUCGGGACGAAAGCCUAUAAGCAGCAACUGUCCGAAGGGCCCGGAAAGCCUGGUUUUGUGGGCAAAACCAAUUCUAAAUUCCGAGAAGUUCACCACAUUGCUGGACCCGAACUUGGGCAGAAGUUAUGAUCAUGAGCAAGUGGAGAGGAUGGCUCUGGCAGCUUCACUGUGCAUCAGACGUGCGCCGCGUGCUCGGCCUCAGAUGGACACUGUUCUGAAGCUUCUCUGGGGCGACGCGGAUGUAGUGAAGUGGGCAAGACUGCAGCUGACUGAUCCUGUGGUGUCUCAAACCAGACAAGGAGCACAUUCCUUGGAUGGACUUGAUGCACUGGAGGAUGAAGUGUUCCCGCAAUUGAAUCUCCAAUCCCACCUGAACCUCGCGAUGCUCGGCGUGGGAGAAGACUCUGUAAGCAGCGUCGAGCGGAGCCUUUCCUUGGAGGAUUAUCUGCAAGGGCGAUGGAGCCGAUCUUCGAGCUUCGACUGAAGCAUCCCUCCUGCUUCCCCUGUGCACCUUUUUAGUUGUCUAGUGUGCAGCAAUUUUUCGAGAUUGUUUCUUGUUUCCACAGAAUGGAUAGAAAUAGAAUGUUCAACCUGUUUAAGGAUUUUCGUAGAUUUUGAUGCUAAAUCAUACUUACCAUUCAAAUCA